GGGCCUGGGAGAUUGACCUGAAAGAACUGACAUUUCUGAAAGAGCUGGGGACAGGCCAGUUUGGAGUGGUGAAGCAUGGCAAGUGGCGAGGUCAAUACAACGUGGCCAUCAAGAUGAUCAAAGAAGGCUGCAUGUCAGAAGAUGCCUUUAUUGAUGAAGCCAAAGUCAUGAUGAAUCUUUCUCAUGCCAACCUGGUGCAACUGUUUGGGGUUUGCACGAAGGAAAGACCAAUCUUGAUUAUCACCGAGUACUUGUCCAAAGGUUGCCUCUUGACCUACUUGCGGGAUACUCGGCGGUCCUUCCAGGCCACCGAGCUUUUAGAUAUGUGCAAGGAUGUCUGUGAAGCCAUGGAGUAUCUGGAAUUCAAACAGUUUCUACACAGAGACCUG